UGUGAUUGGCUGGCAUGACGUUGGCGGCCGGUGAUUGGCCGGAUCUGCGGCUGCGCAGUGAGGGCUCCGCGGCUGUGAGUGCCAGCUGCUGGGGAUCCGGUACCGGGCUCGGUGUCAGCAUGUUCCGCAGGAAGCUCCAGGCCCUGGACUAUCACAACCCCGCCGGCUUCAACUGUAAAGGUGGGUCCUGCCAGCCCCGCCCCCCCUGUUACCGGGGUAACCGCCGCUCCCACAAUGCAUUGCGCGCUCACUGUGACCUGAGUGUCACCCCAGCACCAUGUGUACCCCAAUACAGAGUGUACCCCAAUAUAUACUGCACCCCAAUAUAUACUGCACCCCAAUAUAUACUGCACCCCAACACAGAGAGUACCCCAAUAUAUACUGCACCCCAAUAUAUACUGCACCCCAACACAGAGAGUACCCCAAUAUAUACUGCACCCCAAUAUAUACUGCACCCCAAUAGCAUGUGUACUCCUAUAUAUACUGCACCCCAAUAUAUACUGCAGCCCAACACAGAGUGUACCCCAAUAUAUACUGCACCCCAAUACAGAGAGUACCCCAAUAUAUACUGCACCCCAAUACAGAGAGUACCCCAAUAUAUACUGCACCCCAAUAUAUACUGCACCCCAACACAGAGUGUACCCCAAUAUAUACUGCAACCCAAUACAUACUGCAACCCAAUACAGAGUGUACCCCAAUACAGAGUGUACCCCAAUAUAUACUGCACCCCAAUACAGAGUGUACCCCAAUAUAUACUGCACCCCAACACCAUGUCUACCCCAAUAUAUACUGCACCCCAAUAUAUACUGCACCCCAAUACAGAGUCUACCCCAAUAUAUACUGCACCCCAAUACAGAGUCUACCCCAAUAUAUACUGCACCCCAAUACAGAGUGUACCCCAAUAUAUACUGCACCCCAAUACAGAGUCUACCCCAAUAUAUACUGCACCCCAAUAUAUACUGCACCCCAAUAUAUACUGCACCCCAACACAGAGAGUACCCCAAUAUAUACUGCACCCCAAUAUAUACUGCACCCCAAUAGCAUGUGUACUCCUAUAUAUACUGCACCCCAAUAUAUACUGCAGCCCAACACAGAGUGUACCCCAAUAUAUACUGCACCCCAAUACAGAGAGUACCCCAAUAUAUACUGCACCCCAAUACAGAGAGUACCCCAAUAUAUACUGCACCCCAAUAUAUACUGCACCCCAACACAGAGUGUACCCCAAUAUAUACUGCAACCCAAUACAUACUGCAACCCAAUACAGAGUGUACCCCAAUAUAUACUGCACCCCAAUACAGUGUACCCCAAUAUAUACUGCACCCCAACACCAUGUCUACCCCAAUAUAUACUGCACCCCAAUAUAUACUGCACCCCAAUACAGAGUCUACCCCAAUAUAUACUGCACCCCAAUACAGAGUCUACCCCAAUAUAUACUGCACCCCAAUACAGAGUGUACCCCAAUAUAUACUGCACCCCAAUACAGAGUCUACCCCAAUAUAUACUGCACCCCAAUAUAUACUGCACCCCAAUAUAUACUGCACCCCAAUAUAUACUGCACCCCAACACAGAGAGUACCCCAAUAUAUACUGCACCCCAACACAGAGAGUACCCCAAUAUAUACUGCACCCCAACACAGAGAGUACCCCAAUAUAUACUGCACCCCAAUAUAUACUGCACCCCAAUAGCAUGUGUACUCCUAUAUAUACUGCACCCCAAUAUAUACUGCAGCCCAACACAGAGUGUACCCCAAUAUAUACUGCACCCCAAUACAGAGAGUACCCCAAUAUAUACUGCACCCCAAUACAGAGAGUACCCCAAUAUAUACUGCACCCCAAUAUAUACUGCACCCCAACACAGAGUGUACCCCAAUAUAUACUGCAACCCAAUACAUACUGCAACCCAAUACAGAGUGUACCCCAAUAUAUACUGCACCCCAAUACAGUGUACCCCAAUAUAUACUGCACCCCAACACCAUGUCUACCCCAAUAUAUACUGCACCCCAAUAUAUACUGCACCCCAAUACAGAGUAUACCCCAAUAUAUACUGCACCCCAAUACAGAGUCUACCCCAAUAUAUACUGCACCCCAAUACAGAGUGUACCCCAAUAUAUACUGCACCCCAAUAUAUACUGCACCCCAAUAUAUACUGCACCCCAAUAUAUACUGCACCCCAAUAUAUACUGCACCCCAAUAUAUACUGCACCCCAAUACAGAGUCUACCCCAAUAUAUACUGCACCCCAAUACAGAGUGUACCCCAAUAUAUACUGCACCCCAAUACAGAGUGUACCCCCAAUAUAUACUGCACCCCAAUACAGAGCCUACCCCAAUAUAUACUGCACCCCAAUACAGAGCGUACCCCAAUAUAUACUGCACCCCAAUACAGAGUGUACCCCAAUACAGAGUGUACCCCAAUACAGAGUGCACCCCAAUACAUACUGCACCCCAAUACAGACUGCACCCCAAUACAGACUGCACCCCAAUACAGACUGCACCCCAAUACAGAGUGUACCCCAAUAUAUACUGCACCCCAGCACCAUGUGUACUCCAAUAUAUACUGCACCCCAGCACCAUGUGUACUCCAAUAUAUACUGCACCCCAGCACCAUGUGUACCCCAAUAUAUACUGCACCCCAGCACCAUGUGUACUCCAAUAUAUACUGCAGCCCAACACAGUGUACCCCAAUAUAUACUGCACCCCAGCACCAUGUGUACCCCAAUAUAUACUGCACCCCAGCACCAUGUGUACUCCAAUAUAUACUGCACCCCAGCACCAUGUGUACCCCAAUAUAUAUUGCACCCCAACACAGAGUGUACCCCAAUAUAUACUGCACCCCAAUAGAGUGUACCCCAAUAUAUACUGCACCCCAGCACCAUGUGUACCCCAAUAUAUAUUGCACCCCAACACAGAGUGUACCCCAAUAUAUACUGCACCCCAACACAGAGUGUCCCCAAUAUAUACUGCACCCCAAUACAGAGUGUACCCCAAUAUAUACUGCACCACAAUACAGAGUGUCCCCAAUAUAUACUGCACCCCAGCACCAUGUGUACCCCAAUAUAUACUGCACCCCAACACAGAGUGUACCCCAAUAUAUACUGCACCCCAGCACCGUGUGUACCCCAAUAUAUACUGCACCCCAACAGAGUGUACCCCAAUAUAUACUGCACCACGUGUACCCCAAUAUAUACUGCACCCAACACAGUGUACCCCAAUAUAUACUGCACCCCAGCACCAUGUGUACCCCAAUAUAUACUGCACCCAACACAGUGUAUCCCAAUAUAUACUGCACCCCAGCACCAUGUGUAUCCCAAUAUAUACUGCACCCCAGCACCAUGUGUACCCAAAUAUAUACUGCACCCCAACACCAUGUGUACACCAAUAUAUACUGCAUCCCAACACCAUGUGUACCCCAAUAUAUACUGUACCCCAAUAUAUACUGCACCCCAAUAUAUACUGCACCCCAACACCAUGUGUACCCCAAUAUAUACUGCACCCCAACACCAUGUGUACCCCACUAUAUACUGCACCCCAAUAUAUACUGCACCCCAACACCAUGUGUACCCCAAUAUAUACUGCACCCCAACACAAUGUGUUCCCACGAAUACUGGACCACCCAUACUCCUGAUAUAUACUGAACCCCAACGCAAUGUGUACCCCGAACACUGAACCCCAACACAAUGUGUACCCCGAAUACGCUAAUAUAUACUGAAUCCCCAAUAUAUACUGAACCUUAAAGUGACACUAUAGGCACCCAGACCACUUUAGCUCAAUUGAGUUUUGGGUACACAGGCUGCGUUUUUCUUAUCCCUCUUUUUGUUUUGUUUUUUAUAUUUCCCCCUUUGUUUUCUCCCCUCCCUCUGUUUCUUUCUCCCCUUACACAGACCCUCUGUGUGUCUUCCCCAGCCCCUCUCCAUAAAUGAAGCUAAUUACAGCGUGGCACUGGGUCUAUUAUAUUAUAUACAGCCUGGUCUCUGAUACCAGGGAUUGUAACGGAGCCCAUUCUAGCCUGGCACUGGGUCUAUUAUGUUAUAUACAGCCUGGUCUCUGCUACCAGUGAUUGUAAUAGGGUUAGAGUCUGGCACUGGGUCUAUUAUAUUUUAUACAGCCUGGUCUCUGCUACCAGGGAAUGCAAUGGAGCUAAUUAGAGUCUGGCACUCGGUCUGUUAUAUACAGCCUGGCACUGGGUCUGUUAUAUUAUAUACAGCCUGGCACUGGGUCUGUUAUAUCAUAUACAGCCUGGUCUCUGCUACCAGGGAUUGUAACGGAGCUAAUUAAAGUCUGGCACUGGGUCUGUUAUAUUAUAUACAGCCUGGCACUGGGUCUGUUAUAUACAGCCUGGCACUGGGUCUGUUAUAUUAUAUACAGCCUGGCACUGGGUCUGUUAUAUUAUAUACAGCCUGGCACUGGGUCUAUUAUAUUAUAUACAGCCUGGCACUGGGUCUGUUAUAUUAUAUACAGCCUGGCACUGGGUCUGUUAUAUUAUAUACAGCCUGGCACUGGGUCUGUUAUAUUAUAUACAGCCUGGCACUGGGGCUGUUAUAUUAUAUACAGCCUGGCACUGGGUCUGUUAUAUUAUAUACAGCCUGGCACUGGGUCUGUUAUAUUAUAUACAGCCUGGCACUGGGUCUAUUAUAUUAUAUACAGCCUGGCACUGGGUCUGUUAUAUUAUAUACAGCCUGGUCUCUGCUACCAGGGAUUGUAACGGAGCCCAUUAUAGCCUGGCACUGGGUCUGUUAUAUUAUAUACAGCCUGGCACUGGGUCUAUUAUAUUAUAUACAGCCUGGCACUGGGUCUAUUAUAUUAUAUACAGCCUGGCACUGGGUCUGUUAUAUUAUAUACAGCCUGGCACUGGGUCUGUUAUAUUAUAUACAGCCUGGCACUGGGUCUGUUAUAUUAUAUACAGCCUGGCACUGGGUCUAUUAUAUUAUAUACAGCCUGGUACUGGGUCUGUUAUAUUAUAUACAGCCUGGCACUAGGUCUGUUAUAUACAGCUGGCACUGGGUCUGUAUAUUAUAUACAGCCUGGCACUGGGUCUGUUAUAUUAUAUCCACAGCCUGGCACUGGGUCUAUUAUGUUAUAUACAGCCUGGCACUGGGUCCUGGUAUAUUAUAUACAGCCACAAGCUUUGGGUCUGUUAUGUGCUUCUGGCCACAGCACUGGGUCAUUAUAUUAUAUACAGCUUUGGCACUGGGUCUGUUAUAUUAUAUACAGCCUGGUCUCUGCUACCAGGGAUUAAUAGCGAACUGCAGUAUAGCCUGGCAUGGGUCUGUUAUGUUACAAGCCUGGCACUGGGUCUAUUAUGGCCAUAUACAGCCUGGCACUGGGUCUGUUAUAUUAUACAACCUGGCACUGGGUCUGUUAUGUGUAUGCAACCUGGCACUGGGUCUGUUAUAUUAUACAGCCUGGCACUGGGUCUAUUAUAUUAUAUGACCUGGCACUGGGUCUGUUAUGUCAUAUACAGCCUGGCACUGGGUCUAUUAUAUUAUAUACAGCCUGGCACUGGGUCUGUUAUAUUAUAUACAGCCUGGCACUGGGUCUGUUAUAUUAUAUACAGCCUGGCACUGGGUCUGUUAUAUUAUAUACAGCCUGGCACUGGGUCUGUUAUAUUAUAUACAGCCUGGCACUGGGUCUGUUAUAUUAUAUACAGCCUGGCACUGGGUCUAUUAUAUUAUAUACAGCCUGGCACUGGGUCUGUUAUAUUAUAUACAGCCUGGCACUGGGUCUAUUAUAUUAUAUACAGCCUGGCACUGGGUCUGUUAUAUUAUAUACAGCCUGGCACUGGGUCUGUUAUAUUAUAUACAGCCUGGCACUGGGUCUGUUAUAUUAUAUACAGCCUGGUCUCUGCUACCAGGGAUUGUAACGGAGCCCAUUAUAGCCUGGCACUGGGUCUAUUAAAGUGUCUGAAAUGCAUUCAGUGUUUUUAUUUAUUUUGUUUUCUCCCCUUUUUACCCAGUAAUUUUAUACAAAAUUUUCUGUUACCUUUUUGGGGAAACGUUCCAUGUAACCUGUAUCUUAAUGAAAUGUUUUUCUCCUGUAUUGAUUUUGAAAGAUUUCUGAUUGUGGCAUAUGUGCACUAAGUGCAAUAUAGCGAUUCUAAGGAUGAUGGGUAUUGUAAUCCGCUAGUAACUGGAGGAUGGAAUUUUUAGGGAAUCAACUAAAUGAAUAUUCUGGGCCGAAAAUGACUGUUUUCCCCAAAUGAUUUUAAAUAGUUUUUUCUAUAAUUUUAUUAUAAUGACUUUUUUAAUUGUCAGCAACUUACAGUGAAUUUCAAAUUUUAAGCCAUAAUAACUAAACGAGGAGAAAAAAAAAUCAAACCAACCAAUUUUUAGUUUGGCAAAUUUGGCCUCAAAUAAGAAAAUUAAUUUAAUGUCCAGGUUUGGCCCUCUGACCCCCACUGCUGCUCUCCUCCCUCAGGCCAGCAGGGGACAGGCUGUCGUUUCCCCCAUAGACAGGUGUUUUCACCCCCCAUUUGAGGUUGCAGCUUCUGGGGAUGUCUGGUGGGGUGGUCACCCAGUGCUGGGACAGGUCCCCUGAGGAGCUGAAUGACUAAGCCAGGAAGCCGAGCUGGUAGUCCUUGCCUAGGUGGCUCCCCGGUACCCCGAGCGUACCCUCAGGUCUGUGUGGCUGCAUGCUCUCCGGAACAGCUUCACGGCUCCCGCGUCACAUGACCACCCAGCACCUGCCUUCCGCGACACCUGCCAGAUAGCGCUCUGUGACACGGGUUACAAACACUAGGGAACGCUGCUCAUGGCUUGUUCUACUUCUGUGCGCCACGUUUGACUGCCGGUCAGAUAAGUAGUUUAUAUAGUUUACAUACAUAUACCCGGGCGGUGUCAUUUCUGGCACAUUUGGACAAUUUUCUGGCCGAAAUGGGAUAGGCCUAUUUUCAGCUGAAAAUUUCGGCAGCCAAAAUUUCGGUGCAUCCCUAGUGUUUUUAUAUCAUGUUAUAUGUACUUUGGGAAAAUAAGUAUUCUAAAGACAUGCACAGAUGAAAUAAUUGCUAUAUUCACAUCCUCCACAUGGUGGCACCAUUGAGCCAACAUAGUAUGGCAUAGUGUUAAGUGACCUUAGGCCCUAGUUGUCAGUAUAUUUUGAUGAACAUUUUAAAGCUGCCUUUCAUUAUUUAGUUUGAUUAUGGGGCUGUUGGUUUAAAGUGGCGCUGUCCACGUCUGGGGACUAAUUGGCAAAGACCUCAGAUUGUGACAUCACCAGUGACUUGGGCGGUAAGGAAAGGUGAGGUUUACUGAACACUGUUCCUUGCAGAGUUGCCAUCUUUUCUGGAUAGUUAGUUCUCUCCAGCUCCUGACCCUUCAUUGAGCCAAGAUCAGUACAGCAUUGUAUUAAAGGAUCCUUCCAAGUACCAUAACCACUACAGCUGGUUUGUAAACUAGGUUCGGUGCCUUGAUUGGCAGAGCUAUCCUUUGUACAUGCAUUUUUCUGUAGCUCAGAUCGAUCAACACAAAGAAAUCUCAGUCCAUGUCCAUUUAUCUAAAUUUAAUUUAUAAAAAUCUCAUCCGUUAAAACCCAGUUUCAGAACGAGUGCAUGGUACACUCUGCACCAUAAACUUUGCAAGAAGUGGUUAUGGUACUUGUAGGAAUACUGUAAAGGAAAACUUUAUCCAUACAUACAUAUAUUUUAACACUUACUAUUGGCAAACAAGUGCUAAAACGGACCAUUUAGCCCACCUCUUGUUACUGCUCGGUAUUGUCCAAACAAUUGCUUCUCAUAGUCUUAUGUUUAAGAAAUGUGUGUGUUUAAAGGAAGAGUGUCACUUCUAUGGGAAUUACACCGUUGAAUAAAACCAUAGAAAGUUACUAAAGGAAUACUUUAGUGCAGCGGUUCCCAAAGUGUGGGUCGCAGGGCGAUUCCCAGUGGGUCGUGCUGACCCACACAUCCAGGGACGCCGGGGAGUCAGGCAAGCAGACUGAUGAGUCAGGCUCUCGGCCCGUGACCGCGGGCCCGACACCAGGAGGGGGCCAGACAGCUUGCCCAGGAUGCCGCUGGGCUCCCUCCAAUCAGUCUGCCCAGCACCUCCGGUCUGCAGCUCCGCGGGGUGCAGAACGCAGACCGUGUUAUAGAAGUCUCGCGAGCACCCAGAGCGUCACCAUGGCAACACUCUGGGAACUCGCCAGACUUUUAUUACACGGUCUACAGCUCUGCACCCGGCGGAGGUGAGACACUGGACCUCCAGGGAUGUUUAAAGAAGGCAGGGCACAGAGCCCAAACAAUGCCACCCCCCUCCCCCCAAUGUAACCCCUUCUCUGCCCUCUUCCUCCCCCACUGUAACCCCUUCUCUGUCUGCCUCCCUCCCCCCCACUGUAACCCCUUCUCUGCCUGCCCUCCUCCCCCACUGUAACCCUUCUCUGCUCCCCUCCCCCAAUGUAACCUUCUAUGCCUGCUCCCCAAUGUAAACCCCUUCACUGCCUCCUCCCUCCCCCACUGGAACCCCUUCUCUGCCUACACCCCCCCUGCCAACCCCCUCUCUCCUGCUCCUCCACCCCACUGUAACCCCUUCUCUCUCUGCCCCUCUCCCACACUGUAACAUUUUCUCCCUGCCCCCAUACUGUCGCCUUUUCUCCCCCUGCCCCCCACACUGUAACCCUUUCUCCCCCUGCCUGCCUACUGUGACCCUUUCUCACACUGCCCACCACACUGUUACCAGUACACACACUCCCUCCCACACUGUCACCCUCACCUCCUGUCUCUGUGUGUCCUUUUGUGUCUGUGUGUAUCUGUGUUCAUGAGUGUCUGUGUAUCUGUGUGUUGUAAACUAAGUGUCAUUGUGUGUAUCGCUGUGUCAAUGUAUGUGUGUGUGUAUACACUGCACACAUACUCCAUACAAAAAACAUGCUUACAUUGAAACACACAUUGUGUAUAUUUUAUAAACACAAUAUACACACACUGCAUCCACUACACACACACACUGCAAUCAAUGCAAACAUUACAUACAAACACACCCUGCAUUAAAACACUAAAAUGAUCUACAAACACCCAUUCAUUCAAACACCAACACUACACACAAAGCACACCUGCAUUUAAAGUCCUACACCACAUAUACAAACACCAUUACAUUCCAAUAGCAACGGUACAUACAAAUACACCCAUACACGCACACAUGUACUUAAACAUGCUUACAUUCAAACACUGCUCACAAAUCUAACCAUGUGCAAAUGGUAGAUCUCCAUCUGGCAUAGCAUUGUUGAAGUUCUCCGACAGAUGCAGGUCUACCUUUUGGCUACACUUUCACUAGAUGGGGGCCCAGAAAACAUACUUGCACCAGGGUCCUCUCUUCAUUAGUUCCACCACUGGGAUAAUCAACGUGAGGUGCCUGGAUGAAAGAGCAGGACACAGCACUUCUGAGUCUGAGUAAGCAGUUGUAUGUCUCUAAAACUGAUUGCCAUAAUGUGCAAAGUUUCUGCCUCUAAAACUGCCAUGUUAUGCCAAUUGUAUGCAUCUGAAGCUGAUUGCCAUGGUGUGCCAAGUUUAUGUAUUUAAAGCUGCCAUGAUGUUCCAGUUGUAUGCCUCUAAAACUGCCAUGGUGUGCCAAUUGUAUGCAUCUGAAGCUGAUUGCCAUGGUGUGCCAAGUUUAUGUAUUUAAAGCUGCCAUGAUGUUCCAAUUGUAUGCCUCUAAAACUGAUUGCCAUGGUGUGCCAAUUGUAUGCCUCUAAAGCGGAUUUCCACGGUGUGCCAAUUGUAUGCAUCUAAAGCGGAUUUCCACGGUGUGCCAAUUGUAUGCCUCUAAAGCGGUUUGCCAUGGUGUUCACGUUUUAAAAUACACAUUAAAAGCAAGUGGUUCUCGAAAAAUUACAGUUUUGAAAAGUGGGUCUCGGCCCAUAAAAGUUUGGGAAGCCCUGCUAUGGUGUCAGGAUUACAAACUUGUAUUCCUGAGAUCAUAUUCCUAGAGUGGCUGUUUAUGUCGUAGUAAAAAGGUGACUUUAAUCCCCUUGUCUCACAUGCCAGUCUCGCUGCAGCUGGUCCUGCCUCCAUGACUGAGAUCAUCAGUCUUGAAGAUCUCAACCAAUCCGGUGCUUUCCCUUAGGAAAGCAUUGGUAGGCUCUUGUGCAUGUGUGGUAAACCGGCACUCUGCUCCAAUCAGAAUCAGCGCAUCUGAUGGGGGAAGAGGAAGGUCCUCCAGGAGAGGGUGGAGACACUGAAUGUCAGUCACACUGUGCAGCUCUGCCUCAGGAAGCACCUCUAGCAGCCAUCUGAGUGGUGGCCAGUGAGAGUAUGCCCAGGCUGUAAUGUAAACACUGCAUUUUCUCAGAAACAAACCGUGCUUACAGCAAAAAGCCUGCAGGGACAGGAUGCCCUCACCAAACUAUAGUGUCCCUUUAAUUUUAUUUCUCACACCUCACAAAUGCAUAUUUAUUUAAUAUAAGAAUCACUAAAUAUAAUAAUGAUCCUAAGAAGCUGUUAUUUGGUAAAUACAGUGAUUACAUAGCUGGCUUCACUGGGGCAUUGAUGCAGGGUGCUUAUAAAUAGUUCUCAGAAAUGAAACCACUUAAAGAAUAGAUAAAUGUAUGGACUAUCCAGUGAUCUCACACCUGGCCUUAUUAAUACACUGUAGCAUUAUAUAUUCACAAUAAGUGUAUUUUGCCUAAAACAUCCUGUUUUGUAACAUUUCAUUUUCAGAUGAAACAGAGUUUCGAAACUUCAUUGUUUGGUUAGAAGAUCAGAAAAUUCGACACUACAAGAUCGAAGAGCGGGGUAAUUUGAGAAAUAUACAUAGCAGCGAAUGGCCCCGCCAUUAUGACAAGGUAUAUAGUAUAGUUAAAAAAAAAAAAAACUCUUUCUCUGCAUAUUUUUUGUAAUUUAUUUGCUUGGCAGUUUGUGUUUUUUUUUUUCACUAAAUAUCAAAUUCUAUGAAUUUCAAAUCUGAUUUGCAAGAUCCAGGCUUCAUUUUUCAAUUUCCUGUGCUAUAAAGCUAACCUAUUCCAGUCUGCAUUUGGUUCUGUUCUCCUGAAUUCUCUUAGUAUAUAGUAUACUCUUUUGCACCAAACAUCCUUAUAAACUUACCUUCACAGCAGUUUGGAAGGAGUCUGCUUAUGCAGGCCUAGAUUUUUUUCUUUUAUGCUCAUCAGGCAAUAUUUUUUAGGCCCUGCCGGGGUUCAGCCUCUAAGCCCUGAAGACCCAACAAGACGCACUUAGAAGAAGUGGCUAGUCUGGGUACCUCCUUUAGUGACCGGGGGUCGGACCCAACCUCUCCCUCAAGGGAAGAAAAUGGUCCACUGCAUGCCAGGGUUCAGACUCUUAUCCCUGAAGACCCAGCAACAGGCCAGCUUGGGAACCCCCUCAGGGGAUGAAUGUGAUAUACUGCCUACACGAAGCCAGGCCAGGGUUCAGCUUCUUAUCCCUGAAGACCCAGCAAACAGCACAUGUGUAAGAGUUGCCAGCCUGGGUACCUCCUUCAGCAAUCAGGAGUCUAACCUACCUCUCUACCUGAGGGGAUGACAGCGGUACACUGCAUACAUGAGGCCCAACAGAGUUGUGAAUACCGGGGUAUACCUAUUCUAUGUAUUCCACCUUUUAUGGUGAUGAUGAAUGGCAUAUGGGGUACACAUGGAAGCCUAUAGUUUAAACAGUUUUAGGCUGUCAGUUGUUCAAAUCCCCAUUUUGCCGCUGAAACACAGGUCUGCAACGGUUCAGGCCACAGCCUCAGUAUAUGUACCCACUAUAUGCUCUAUGUAUGAGUUACUGUGAGGACACAGCCUCAGUAUAUGUACCCACUAUAUGCUGUAUGUAUGAGUUACUGUGAGGACACAGCCUCAGUAUAUGUACCCACUAUAUGCUCUAUGUAUGAGUUACUGUGAGGACACAGCCUCAGUAUAUGUACCCACUAUAUGCUCUAUGUAUGAGUUACUAUGAGGACACAGCCUCAGUAUAUGUACCCACUAUAUGCUCUAUGUAUGAGUUACUGUGAGGACACAGCCUCAGUAUAUGUACCCACUAUAUGCUCUAUGUAUGAGUUACUAUGAGGACACAGCCUCAGUAUAUGUACCCACUAUAUGCUCUAUGUAUGAGUUACUGUGCGGACACAGCCUCAGUAUAUGUACCCACUAUAUGCUGUAUGUAUGAGUUACUAUGAGGACACAGCCUCAGUAUAUGUACCCACUAUAUGCUGUAUGUAUGUGUACUGUGAGGACACGGCCUCAGUAUAUGUACCCACUAUAUGCUGUAUGUAUGAGUUACUGUGAGGACACAGCCUCAGUAUAUGUACACUAUAAUGCUGUGUAUGAGUUACUGUGAGGACACAGAGCAUAUAGUUGAAUUAUCUGAACUGUCUCACAAUAUCCUCAUACAUAAAUAAUUAUACUGAGGCUUAUGUAUGAGUUACUAUGAGGACACAGCCUCAGUAUAUGUACCCACUAUAGGCUCUAUAUAUGAGUUACUGUGAGGACACGGCCUCAGUAUAUGUACCCACUAUAUGCUGUAUGUAUGAGUUACUGUGAGGACACAGCCUCAGUAUAUGUACCCACUAUAUGCUCUGUGUAUGAGUUACUGUGAGGACACAGCCUCAGUAUAUGUACCCACUAUAUGCUCUAUGUAUGAGUUACUAUGAGGACACAGCCUCAGUAUAUGUACCCACUAUAUGCUCUAUGUAUGAGUUACUGUGAGGACACAGCCUCAGUAUAUGUACCCACUAUAUGCUCUGUGUAUGAGUUACUGUGAGGACACAGCCUCAGUAUAUGUACCCACUAUAUGCUGUAUGUAUGAGUUACUGUGAGGACACAGCCUCAGUAUAUGUACCCACUAUAUGCUCUAUGUAUGAGUUACUGUGAGGACACAGCCUCAGUAUAUGUACCCACUAUAUGCUCUAUGUAUGAGUUACUGUCAGGACACAGCCUCAGUAUAUGUACCCACUAUAGGCUGGCAAUAGCCAGCAGUUACUGUGAGGACACAGAGCAUGGUGGGUACCUCUCUGAACUGUCUCACAGCUCAACUCAUACAUGAGUGAGUGCACAUACUACUGAGCUGUCUAUUAUCUACAUACAACAUAUAAAAUGAACACCUCUCUAUGUAUGAUUACUGUGGACUGGCCUCAGUAUAUGUACCCAUGCUGUAUGUAUGAGUUACUGUGAGGACUCUGCCUCAGUAUAUGUACCCACUAUAUGCUCUAUGUAUGAGUUACUGUGAGGACACUGCCUCAGUAUAUGUACCCACUAUAUGCUCUAUGUAUGAGUUACUAUGAGGACACUGCCUCAGUAUAUGUACCCACUAUAUGCUGUAUGUAUGAGUUACUGUGAGGACUCUGCCUCAGUAUAUGUACCCACUAUAUGCUGUAUGUAUGAGUUACUGUGAGGACUCUGCCUCAGUAUAUGUACCCACUAUAUGCUGUAUGUAUGAGUUACUGUGAGGACACAGCCUCAGUAUAUGUACCCACUAUAUGCUCUAUGUAUGAGUUACUGUGAGGACACAGCCUCAGUAUGUGUACCCACUAUAUGCUCUAUGUAUGAGUUACUGUGAGGACACAGCCUCAGUAUAUGUACCCACUAUAUGCUGUAUGUAUGAGUUACUGUGAGGACACUGCCUCAGUAUAUGUACCCACUAUAUGCUGUAUGUAUGAGUUACUGUGAGGACACGGCCUCAGUAUAUGUACCCACUAUAUGCUCUAUGUAUGAGUUACUGUGAGGAUACGGCCUCAGUAUAUGUACCCACUAUAUGCUCUAUGUAUGAGUUACUGUAAGGACACAGCCUCAGUAUAUGUACCCACUAUAGGCUCUAUGUAUGAGUUACUGUGAGGACACUGCCUCAGUAUAUGUACCCACCAUAUGCUCUGUGUAUGAGUUUAUCUGGAGAUUGGAAUACAUUACUAGAUUUUUCCAUGUUUUAUUAUUUACUAUAAAUGUUUUUAUGUUUCAGUACGUGCAGGAUGUAAAUGCUCCCUUCAAAGCAGAGGAACGCCAAGAAACCAUUGAUUGGCUCCUGGGUCUGGCUGUGCGUCUAGAAUAUGGUGAUAAUGGUAUGUUGCGCAAUGGGUGAAAUAUUUUCGCAUAAAAAAAAAAUUGCAAAACAGCAUUUCUGUAUUUGCCCAUCACAGUUGAUGGACCAUAAGGAGUGGUUUUACAAUUGUUUAAAUACAUGUUUCAGCUUGGCCAUUAUUGAUCUAAGAAUGUGCAAUUUCCUUAACAUUUCUCUGCAACGAAUAAAACCUCCAUCUAUAUGUAUGCGAGAGAUAUAUAGCAGGUACUAUCAGGGCUCUCUGCAGGGCAAGGUGAAAUAUGGGGCCCUGGAAUGAGGCACCUGUGACAGGGAGGGGUGUGAAGACACGGGAGUUGCAUGCAUGCACGUGUGUGAACUCUGCUCAUGUUUUGCUUGUAGGAACCCCUUGCGUGUUUCAUUUUUAAAAUUAAGCGCAGCACCCCUCAUCACACCUUUACGUUUAAUACGACAAAGCUGUGCGGUGGCUCAAAAAUGCCAAACUCAACAAAAAGAAAUGUAUUAAUCCUUGCACCUGCGCCUUGUCCAUAGUUUGUUUAAAACGUUGCAUAAAUUGUUUUGAUAAUUUGUGUAUGAACUGUUUGAAUGCUGGGAUUAUAGAUUUUCUUUCCUUUUUAUUCAGUUUCCAAGUAUCAGAAUGCAAAGCCUCUCGGUACAGAAAAUUCAAAGCCUUCAGAACCGCUCAUUAAUCUGGAUGGUAAGAGAAACACAUCACUGAUAUCCUCUUAAUGGAUGUGAGUUUGCGUGACGUUCAGCAUUCCUGAGUGUAUUAUGUUGUGUGGCUAACAGUCGGUGUAGUGUGUAAUGUAAAGUUUUUCAGGUGUUUAGAUCUAAAUACACGAUGUUCCAAUGAGACACUGUGAUAUUUAUUUACUAAAGACUAAACAGAUUGGCUAACCGGCCAGAGGCAUUGUCACCAGAUGUUCCCUACUGUUUAAUCAAGUUCUAUUUCAUUUCCUGUACAAACUGCUGAAAUGAAAUAAUCUCACUUGUUGAAAUGUUGCCACCCGUGCCGUUGAAAGAUCCAUCCUUAAUCCUUUUGGCUGGAAUCCAAAUAACAUACAUGAUAUUAACCUAAUUACCCCAUAUUUCCUGUGAUCUUCAAUAAAGGAUUACUCAGAACAAGGGCUUUAGAAGAAAUGACAUUAAAAAGAAUAGAGCAUAUUCCUGGUAAACUAUUAAUUGGAAUCUGAUCAAUAUGUGCCUCCUCAGACAUUAUUGGCUCCCCAAAGAGGGUUUAACAACCUGUUUAUGGGACGCUUGCUUUUCGUGUUCUAUGUGAAAAGCUGCACUGAAUGCCGUGGCUAGACCAGGGCUGCCCAAUAGGUAAAUCCCCAGAUGUUGUAGAACUGUAACUCCAUUGAUGCUUUGCAUGCAUUUAGAGUGACAUUGCAUCAUGGGAGUUGUAGUUCCACAAUAUCUUGGGAUCUACCUAUUGGGCAGCCCUGUUCUAGACAAUUAAGCAAAUGAUGAUUCUACACACAAAAAAAAAUGUGUUUAACGAGACACCAUGUCUGCCGAACUUUACAAGGAGUCAGCAGUGAGUGUGCGGAUCUAUCCUUAACCUGCGUCUUGAUUUCUCUUUUAAUGUAGUGAGUAAUCCAGACUUUAAAGCUGGGGUCACAGCUCUGGCGAACCUCCUGCAAAUACAGCGACAUGACGACUACCUUGUCAUGCUGAAAGUAAGUGGUUUCCCUUUCCUAUACUAAGAUUUGGUGAGCAGAUCCCAUCGUUGUAUAUUUGUAGGUUCUGUUCCUGGCUAUACAGAUAACUAACAUGAAAUGUAUGAUUUCUGCUUUUUCGAAACCUGUCUAUAUAGAGAUCAAUUUAUAAUGAUUACUGUUGAAGUGUAAUAAAUUAGGUGCUAAAAGCUACUGAAUCAAUUUUCUGCAGGCUAAAUAAAUUGCUAAUCGUGUUAACAAAAUAACUUAGCGCAAACUUUUACUAAAAUGGAUUUCUAACAGAAUAUUCAUCUCCCUCUGCAGCGAGCCACAUGGAAUAGAUACGUAUUUUGUUUUAUUUUAAUCGUGUUUAGGGAAACCGAUAGAAUUUAGCUAUUGAUUGCUUUAUUAAUAUAAGCGUGAUCCACUAGUCUGCUGUUAUUUUAGGCAGCCAGCCUUUCUCCCAAUUCCUCUGUCGUUUUUGGGUUUUCCAAAUUUUUAUAUCUUUUUAUCUUUUCUUGAUAAUCUUUGUGAGAAAUUCCCAAAGAUCCAAUACAUCACACUUUAAUGGCGAUCUUAAACUUUAUUUUUAAAGCCUGUCGAGUCUUUUGGAUUUCCUAUCCAUAAAACGUUAAAAAGGGCGCUGUAAGCAGCAUGUACUGCCAUACCAUAUGGUAGUGAUUAUGGUGCUGGGAGUCUGUGGGGGAUGCCGUCUUGCCAGGUUUAGUCAAACCUUUCUUUUCCUUUUGCUUAUUGGGUGUCUGUAGCGCUGGGUACCCUGCUUAUUGGGUGUUGGUAGCGCUGGGCGCCCUGCUUAUUGGGUGUUGGUAGCGCUGGGCGCCCCGCUUAUUGGGUGUUUGUAGCGCUGGGUGCUCUGCUUAUUGGGUGUUGGUAGUGCUAGGUGCCCUGCUUAUUGGGUGUUGGUAGCGCUGGGCGCCCUGCUUAUUGGGUGUUGGUAGCGCUGGGCGCCCUGCUUAUUGGGUGUUGGUAGUGCUGGGCGCCCUGCUUGUUGGGUGUUGGUAGCGCUGGGCGCCCUGCUUAUUGGGUGUUGGUAGUGCUGCCAGUGAGUCACAUUUUAUUUUUUAAUAAGUUCCAGUGGAAUGUAUUUGGUCCUUUUUUAAAGGAUUAACAUGCUUUGUAGCUGCUUAUUAGGUGUGAGUGAUGUUUUUCAUCUUCUCUACCACAAUAACCCAGAACAAUCCAGAAUAAAGUACUUAAGAAGGUCAGAUUAUUUUAAGGAGUGCUUCCUUCCCAUCCUCUGUUUACAUUGUUCCAUUUCAGAUUUAGUUUUUUCCUCUCAGCCAUUCUGUCUCUCCCAAACCUCCCUCCCCCCCCUCCGACACCCCAAUUGUUCGUUUCCUUGCUUUAUAUGGCUGUGCCAUGUUGGCGUGUUUCCCUCUGCUGAUCGGACAGGAAACAAACCUUUCCGAGUUCUAAAUAAGAUGUAGACAGGUUAGUGUCUCUAUUUAUGGUUCCAGAAGCGAUACAAAUCAUACCUCAGCUGCACUCCAGGGAUCAGAGCUGCCAUCUUCUCAUGGUACCCCGUGUGGCAGAUAUUUUAUAUACAGGGCUCAAAAUUGCCACUAGCCAUUGGCAAAUGGAAAUGUAGCCUUAGUGAGUGUGCCAUCGACUCCCCAGGCUUUCAGCGGCUAGUAGUGUAGAGGUAACAUUUUAUGCUAUGUUUUUUUUAUUGUAAUAUAGUGUUAUGCAUGUUAAGAGGUUAAUACAGAUUGUGGUAUGCUGAAUCUAAUUUUGUUGAUAAUGGUGGAGGAAAGGAAGAGAGAUUUACCCACAUCCUCUCCCUCAUCUGUGCUGCCAUUUUAUCCUCGUCAGAUGAAGUGGCCAUCUUUGUACUCUCGUUCAGGCAUGUUUUCUGUGAGCUUUGAUUGUGCAUUUCACUUAGACGCAUGCCCCAUCGGGUGUUGUUAAAGUCCUGCCUGUGGCCAUAUAACAUUGCAUACAUAAAGCCAAUUAGUAUGUAUUUGAAGUUUUUGUGACAUGCCAACUAAGUAGGUGUAAAUUUUCUGCAGGCUGGUACUAUUUAAAUCUUAUAUUAAUUUGUCUUAAUUUAAGGCUAUUCGAAUUUUGGUCCAGGAACGUUUAUCUCCAGACGCUAUAGCCAAGUCUAAUAGCUCUAAAGAGGUAAGUUUUGUUUUUCUACUUCUGUAAAUAAAUGCAUUGUUGUGUAAUUGCAGUCCAUGUCUAGCUGCCUUGAAUGUCCCUACCACUUAUUUACUUUCUGACCAUAUAUAGCUCACAGAUCAGCCUGUCCUGAUCAUUACACGAUCUGUGUACUUUAAAUUUGACAGUUCACGUUGGUUGUUCCAGAUGAGAAGAAUUUCACAAAUUCAGAUUCUUCCAGAUUAGUUCCGAGGUUUAUUCUUGUUUUAAAAAAAAAAAAGUCCAGUCGUUGACCAUGAUAUCAUGAAGAAAUGCAAAUUUUGUUGUUGUGCAGAAACUAAAAUGUCCUUUGUUCAUAUAAAAUUGUCAUCAUGAAAAUAGCAUUUUCUCAAGACAACCUAAAACUAACCACCCCUGGGUUAGCCCCCCCCACUCCCCCAAAUUGAGAAAUCCUUCUUAUAUCAUGAACAAAAAGGGGUGUUACUUUAUCACAGCUAAGUGUUUUUAUAUAGAAAGAAAGGGAAAUCGGCCUGUUUUAUGGUUAAUGUUACAUCAUUAUUGAUUAACCCUGACAUCAGAGAGCCGUGAACCAGAUCACCUCACAUGUUUGGGAGCUACGCUUUCUAAAGACUAAAUGAAUUGUAGAUCAAACAUUUGCUGUGUCAGUGGUUAGUUAUUACUGAUACCAUAGACCAUUUUUCAGGAUUAUUUUUUUUAUUUUAAGCACCAGUGAUUAUGUAUAAAUUGUCAUUCACACUUCCACUGAUUGUGUGAAUUUUGGCUAAAAAUGUUACCCCGCGUUUCCUGUAUUGCAACAAAGUCUCUCGUACUUUUUGUUUAAACAAAAAAUUAAAAAUAAAUUGAAAGCUGCUUAUCUGUCACAGAAAAUCUGCUGAAAGAAAAAUUGUCAGAGAAAAAAAUUGCACACUUACACAAUUGGGGGGCGGGGGGAACUAACAAAAAUAGAACGGUAAAAUAACCGGAUACCAGAGGAGCAGAAAGGAAAUCUUUUGGUGCAAAUAGGAAAUGCUAAACGUGGCUAAGGAAUAUAAAAUUUGGUUGACUUCAGUCUUUGAUCGAUUUCUUUUUUUUUUUUUUUUUUUUCUUUACAUUUUUUUUAGGGACUUCCUGUUACAUUGGACAAACACGUGCUUGGAUUCGACACCGGAGGUAAAAUUCUGCUUAGUAUCUCUAGAUCUCUGGGCUUUCUAGCUCUACUUAAAGGACCACUAUAGUGCCAGGAAAACAUACUCGUUUUCCUGGCACUAUAGUGCCCUGAGGGUGCCCCCACCCUCAGGGUCCCCCUCCCGCCCGGCUCUGGAAGGGGAAAGGGGUAAAAACUUACCUUUUUCCAGCGCUGGGCGGAGAGCUCUCCUCCUCCGCCUCCGUUACGCCCCGCCGGCUGAAUGCGCACGCGCGGCAAGAGCUGCGCGCGCAUUCAGCCGGUCUCAUAGGAAAGCAUUUACAAUGCUUUCCUAUGGACGCUGGCGUGCUCUCACUGUAAUUUUCACAGUGAGAAGCACGCAAGCGCCUCUAGUGGCUGUCAAUGAGACAGCCACUAGAGGAUUAGGGGGAAGGCUUAACCCAUUCAUAAUUAUAGCAGUUUCUCUGAAACUGCUAUGUUUAUGAAAAAAUGGGUUAACCCUAGAAGGACCUGGCACCCAGACCACUUCAUUAAGAUGAAGUGGUCUGGGUGCCUAGCGUGGUCCUUUAAAGGAUUGAUGGUUGCUAUAAUUAAAUUCAGCUAGGGGAGGCAAGAGCCAUAAAACCAACUGGGGUGUAUUGACUAAACUGUGAAUAUAGCUGCAUUAUAUCUCAAAUUGGAAUUAUCCACUUUUCCAGUUUUGUGACUUCACCCUGUGUGUUUUUAUAUUACAUUUUUAAAUACAGAUUACAAUUAAAGAUAAAUGGACUGCUCUGUCUUAUUUUCUCAGUAAUAUAAACAAAAUAUAUAAUUUUAAAAUAAUAAACAUUCUAUCCUAGAGUCCGUUUGGUUAUGUGUGGGUUUUAAAUGUAAGGCUGAAACUUUCUUGAAAUGUAGCCCUUUCUCUUCUGUCUGACUGGACUCUACCUGCUCAGGGCUGAGUUCUGUCUCCCAAACUGUAAGAAGUGAUCUUUAACACACGGCCUCUUGUUGUUUUGAGCAGAUGCAGUUUUAAAUGACGCCGCCAGGAUAUUGCGCUUACUGCACGUUGAAGAACUGAGACAACUGCAGACCAAAAUCAAUGAAGCCAUCGUGGCUGUGCAGGCCAUCAUUGCGGAUCCCAAAACAGACCACAGAUUGGGAAAAGUUGGGAGAUGAAAACCGCAUCCUAUCGUUUUUCCCCCCCCCCUACUUUAACAGAGAUUAGAUAAAGUGUGCAGCUGUGGUGGAUUGCAGCAUCCAGGAUAAGAGUUUGUAGAGUACUUGCCAAUCACAUGAAAUAAAGUACUCAGCCUGAUUGUUAAGAAAACAGAAGGUAAUUCUGUCAUUUUGUUUUAAUUUAUGAAGCAGUGACUUUGUUUGUUUUUCUGUAAAACUGCAUGCUUAAUAUAAAUCUCUUCCAAAUCGCAAAUUGGAUUUCUUUUUAUUUUUUAACAAAUCAUAAAUGCACUUUUCUUAAUGCCGCUGCAUAGCUUGAACUGGUAAAACAAAUUUUUUGCAACAAACUAAGAAAAAAACAAAAACAUUUAUUGAAACUUACUUGUGAAAUGUUAUGACGCAACACGCAUUUAAAAAAAUGAAUUUAUACAAUAUUGCAAAAUCUUGCUUUUUGGCACAGAUAAGGGCAGAGCCAGGUAACCAUUUCACAGUAGACACAAGUUGACGGUCACACAGAAAGAAUACAUAUAUUUGGGGAUGGGACGGGGGACUGAGUGAUUACCAGUCUUAAAUUUAAAAAAAUAAACUCACAGAUGAAAAAAUUCCCCACUGUAGUACUGAGGAAAUCUGCAAGGAUUAAACAGUAAAAAAAUCUCUGAUGCAAAAUUGAUUGUAUAUUUCACUUUUACAGUCAAACUUUGUUUACAAAAAACAGUAGUAAAAAAUUGAGGUAAAAACUUUACAAAUUACAUUUGACAUGACUUUUUCCUGUUUGGUGCAGAUCGGACUCUUACAGCUGUCAGCAUGAGCCGUGGAGCCAGCGCUCCCAUUGUAUAAUAUUAUUUUAUCCUCUUGCUUUACUUCCUCCCUAGAAUAUUACAAAUAGGAGGAAACAAACCACAUGACAGUGUUACAAUCAUUUAA